UUUCACAGUGAUAACAAUAAAAAUAAAAUCAUAAUAUUUUUGUGAACUUUGUUAGUUUGCAGCUCGUUCGAGUAAAUAAAUAUAUUACUUUGCGUUGUAAUUUAUAGGUAGUUUGUUGCUGAUUUAGUGACUGCAAGAAGAAUGUGUUUUCAACAAAUAUUAAAUACAGAACAUUGAAUUACAAUCAAGAAAACAUCUGAAAUGGCGCUUUCAUUUUAAGGCUCUCAGCGGAAAUGAAAGAAGAAAUAGGAUAUUGUGUUUCCAAAUAUUUUGAAUGAAAUGGUUAAAUCACAGCAUGAAGAUCCAGGCCAAUCCAUUAUUCAGGGGUUGGAUAACAUGGAAGAUGUUUGUAUUUAUACUUGGUGUGAUAAUUCUUGGCGCGUAUCUGCUACCUCAUGUCAAACUAUACCCAAUUGCUCCAGUAACUGUAACACCAACAUUACAGUUGCGACUAACAAGACAUUUAUCUAAACUGGUGACAAUCGUAUUUCGGCAAUACGAGGAAUUUGAAAAUGACAUUGCUGAGAGCAUACAAUCUUUAGUUGCUCUGUAUCCGAACAUCCCAAUUGUGGUAUUUAGUCAGAGUCAACAAUAUCCACCAUUUCAAUUUUCGGUACCAAACAUUACACUUCGUAAUGUAAAAUUUGUAUCUUUAGACUUUAAGCUUGAUGCCUCUCCUAGACAACUUAAGCCUUUGUCAUACAUUUCAACUGAAUAUGUAUUAUUUGCCCCUGAUUCAAUACGCAUAUCUCGCCGGGUAUUCCAACUUGCGUUAACAACUGCAUCUAAAGAACCAUCACUUGGUGUUGUUAUUGGUGUUGGUAGUACUCAUGUUGUAUGUCAGCAAGUAAGCUGGAAUUAUAUGGAAUGGACCUUGCAGUAUAGCAAAGAUGCUUCUGGAAAACUGUGUGAUGCUGUGCAAGGACAGCAUGCCACUUUGUUAAAGACAUCAUUGUUACAUACACUCCCCGAACCUUUUUUGAUGCCAUUUCCUGAAUCAUUGUAUCUUCAGACAGCGGUGAGGAAAAUAAAAGUCCUAAUAAUUGAGGGUAAAUUUAAUUCAGGUAGGAGUAUACUAAAGAGUCCAUCAUCCAAGCAGAAAGCUUUGAAACGAAUUAGAGAUUAUAGAGUAGCUCUGUACAAACAACUUGGUGUAAAAGCCGUUCUCAAAGAAGAUGGCAGAGUUCAAUGGUAUGGCUGUAAGAGAGAAACUCAGAGAUGUUAUCCACCUGUGCAAGGAACUCCAUCAUAUAUUCUGUCUGGUAGGAAUACACCUCCAUGCUGUAGAAAGAACAUUCGUCGCACCACCAUUCACGUUCUACGGGCUCUGCUACAAUCUGGUGCCCGAUGCUGGCUAGAAACUACUUCUUUACUCGGCGCAGUGUUAAGGAAUGACCUGUUGCCAUGGGCAGAAUAUGCAGAAAUAGGAAUACAUUCAGCAGACUUAAAGCAAGUAUCAUGGCUUCAAAGAGGAGGGGCAGAUAAUGAUGGGUUUGUCUGGGAAAGGGCUACAAAAGGACAUUACUACAGAGUUGCAUACUCGGCAACAAAUAGGGUCUAUGUGCUGAUCCUGCCGUUCGUGCCUAAGAAUGGUACAAUGUGGCCAGCGGAUUGGGUGAUGGCUCAUCAGAGAGAAUUCCCCGAGAGACACUUGCAUCCACUAGCACAAAUACAGUUCGGUGGACGAGAUGCGCCUGCUCCGAAUGACGCUCGCGUAUUCCUCGAUCUCAAACUUGGAGCUAACUCCCUCGAACGCUGUCAGAAAAUUGGACCUAAGAUCAUAUACCCUUAAUCACAGAAUGCGAAUACGCUCAACGCUAUAAAAUAUAGAUUUUAAGAGAUUUACGUUUAAAACGUUAUAUUUAUUCAGCUGUUCCAAAGAGCAAUACCUAUGUUUAAAAUUAUUAGUUUUUAAAGAAAAACUAAAUCUAUUCUUUCUAUUGGCUUUUGUGGAACCACAACUCGCCAAUGUCAUGUUUCAGUAGACCACCAAGCUUAGCUCGCUCGCUGCGGUAAAGAUGGCUCUAGUCGUUAGGUUAAUAUUAUAAAUUAAAUUUGUAUCCAAAAUUUAUGGACGAUGCGGGGGACUCAGGUUAAUAUAUACUCAACUAUUACAUCCAAACAAAGGUUGGCUAACGUAAAAAAAAUAAGGAAUAUCAUAAUGAAACACUCAUAAUUAUAGAAAAACAUUCCAAACCACAAUCAUGUCGAAAUUGAGUUAAGAACACAAAACUGGUCACGUGAUUGUUAUAAACAGACUGAAAAAAAAUGGCAGCGACACUGUCAGUCUCUAAAUGGCAUCAUGACUUAGUAGCCCAACCCACAUGUAUGGAAUACACUAAUACUUAUUACACAUCAAACACGAAUUUUUUAAAAUGUAUUGUUUGUGGCUUGGAACGUUUUUCACGUACCAUGUCCAAUUAUUUCUAAUUUUUUUCGUAAUCUGAAAAUUACAAUAAAAUUGCAUAAUUAUUUUACAUAAAUUAUAGUAAAAGUAUUAAAGAUUAAAAUAUAAAUAUAAUUAAGAAUAUAUAACAAUUCUCUUACUUUCCUAGUUCUUAAAUGUAUAAUAUUACUUCAGUGAUUUUAAGUUAAGAAAAUAACGAACAUAGACAAUUUGUUUAUACUUAAUUAAUUUAAAUAUUUAUUCGAUCUUUAUUGUGAUAUUAAUUCAGUAUUAUAUAUAGAUACAGUUUAUAUUAUAUAUAUUCAGUAUUAUAUUAUAUAUAGAUAGAUAGAAAAGAUAAUAUAUUGUACAAAUAAUUUGUAUGUGAUUAUUUUAAGAUAUUCAUCAUUAUUGUUUAGCAAUUUGGUUUAAGUAUUUUAAGACCGGCAUUAGUAUAAAUUCUGAUCUCAAAUCUAGUCAAUUUUUAUUAGUUUAAGGGAAAUAUUAAAAAGAAAUGUUUAAUUGUUAUAAUUAUAUUUUAGGAGGUAAGGGUUCGAUUUCGCUGUAGUAAUGCAACUUAACCAAUUUAAAACCUAUAUCAAAACACAAAUCGGAAACAAAUAGAAAAAGUUGUAAUUUCUUGCUUUCAUUGCUACGUACGGUUGCAACGCCCCGGAUAUUGAGGGACUUGCAGCAAUUGUGUGUAAAAUGUACGAAUAAAUUAAGAAUUGUCAAAUAAACAGCAAUUAGGUGGCAGUGGGAGGCUCCUUUGCACAGGAUGCCGGCUAGAUUACGGGUACCACAACGGCGCCUAUUUCUGCCGAGAAGCAGUAAUGUGUAAACUUUACUGUGUUUCGGUCUGAAGGGCGCCGUAGCUAGUGAAAUUACUGGGCAAAUGAGACUUAACAUCUUAUGUCUCAAGGUGACGAGCGCAAUUGUAGUGCCACUCAGAAUUAUUGGGCUUUUCAAAAAUCCUGAGCAGCACUGCAUUGUAAUGGGCAGGGCGUAUCAAUUACCAUCAGCUGAACGACCUGCUCGUCUCGUUGCCGUAUUUUCAUAAAAACAAUAAUGUAAGAAAAUACUUACCAAUUUUUUGUUGUAUUUUUAUUAGUAAACUUUAUUGAUUGGAUCAGUUGACGUAGUUGUUUCAAAUUCGCCGUUCUGUUCUUGUCUAUUAGUCUCUUAUUUAGGUUUCUAUGGUUAAACUUUACAAUAAAUGAAUUUGAGUGUGAGAAAAGGGAGCACUUUGUUUUGUGAGGGAUUUUGUUUGGAACAUCCUUCAAGAACAUUCGCUGUAGGAUAGUGACAAAAUUAUCGAAACUACUCUCCGCUUUGCUAUACUAGUUUAUCGCCGAGGGCUGAAAAUGCUUUUAUACUUAGAUUAUUUUUACGUCAUAAGUCUCUUGCUAUUCGACAGCCGAUAAUAACAGGCCAGGAAUAUUAGUUCAGUGUAAGUGACAAGCUACGUCUUACACUCGCAAUUCGUAUGACACUUUCUGCCUUAUUCAUAAUAAUACGCUUUUCGAAAGUAUGAAGCUAUAUUAGUUAAAUCGUGUUUUAAGCCUAUCGAACGUUCGAUAAAAUUCCUUAUUCAUAUUCGUUACAUAAAUCUCCCAUAACUAAUACGUCUCUAUAGUACGCAAUGUUGCCAUUUCGUACAAAAAACAUGGUUUUAACUAAUUUAAUGAGGAACUGUCAAUGGAAACAGACAUCUUUUCAAUGUCAAUGGUUUGUCAGUUGUCAAAAGUCGACGUUAAAAUAAUUUCAAACUUUAAAAACAAAGUUUUGAAGUCUGUUGUUUGUCAAUCUAUGACGGAUAUCCAACAACUUUGAGCGGGAAGCUAUAUAACACAUUAUUUAACGAACAGCUGAUCGAUGUCGGCCAUGUUUUUUUUGCGUUCGAGUGCUUAAAAUAGGUUUAUAGAAGGGUCCUAGCUACUAUAAGUCACGUCAGCUUUAUCGAAGAGAUAAUGAGCGUUUUAGCUCUAAUAUGCGAUUAUGAGUACCAUUUUUUAACAAGCGUAUAUUAGCGAUGUUUUAAAUCUCCGCUAAGUCAUUCUGAAUAAGACAGUUUGUGUUUAGUGUGCGUGAAUUCUCAAAGUUAAGGUUAGUUCUAAAUUAAGCUGUAAUAGUCUAUCUAGACGUAUAAAUGAUCCAAACGUUUGUUAGUUUUCGUAUUUUCACUGCGUUCGUUAUUCACUUAGUCACUUACAAUCAAGCCAUUGUUGAAAAAUCCUUUUCUCUAUGUUAAGAUGUACUACACCUAUCUCUGAUAAGAUAUCCAUAGCACAAAUAGAGUAAUUAUAGAGUUAUCUAUUUUAUUAAACUAUGUUCGCUAAUAGUUGAUAGAAAUAAUAUAAAUAAAAUUUAUAAACUCAAUAAUUAUUAUCGAUAAAACCUCCCCUCGUACCACUAAAUUUAGAUUGCGAUAAGCGACAGUCGCUAUUUCGAAAAGUUCCAUAAUAUUUAUCAACUCUCGGCGAAUAUACGUAAAAUCGUUAUUUUUUUUGUAGUUAUAUUCAUAGAAAAGAGUUAAUUGUAUGCAAAAAAUGCACUAUUUCGAUAAAAUAAUACUUAUUACUAUACUUUGCAUUAAACAAAUCACAGCCAUUUUUUGACAAUAAUAAUAUAACCAAUCAUUAAUUUUGUGAAUAUUUAUAAAAACAAAAGCAACAUAUAAAAUUAUUUAUUAUUCUUAUUUAUUCUAGCCGUCGACGCUCAAGACACGUACCUAUUAUUUAAAGGAUCUUGUCCAUUUACUUACAAUAUACUAGCGUAUAGACAAAGUGCAAGAGAGAAGAACAUCUCCUUCGGAAAUACAGCAAGAAAGAAAUCGGAAGGGAAUAUAUUGUUAAUGUAACCGAUUUUGAUUAUAAAGUCGUAAAAAGUCAGCCACCCAUGGCAUCCUCAGUAUUUUGAACAACAAACCUCAAGCUAACGUACACAUUGAAAAUUGGUCAGAUUAUCUGACCUGUUGUCGGCUGUUAGGUACUGUAACGCGUGGGUCCUCCCUCAAACGCGGGAUCGUUGUAUAAUAAAACAAUGUUACUUCUUUAAUACUUCUAUAUUCGCUGUCACUUUCUAUUAUUAUAAAUAUUAAAUAUUAGGCUAAAGGCUUCAUCAUUAUCACUUCUCAUUUAUAUUGUCUUAUUCGAUUGUUUUCUCAUCCGCGUCAAUAUUUUAAAUUUGAAUCAUAUUCUAUUCUAUUGCUUGACGGCCAACCAUAGAACAAUGAGUUCUUAUAUGCGGAUAAGAACUCCUUGUUACAGUACCUACGUUAGUAAAUUCUAAUUUGUCUAUGAUCUUGUGCCGAUGUCGUGCGCGACCUUAAAUUCUUUAAAGAUCUUUAAAAAAAAAAGUGUUUCGAAGCGUCGGUGACUAAUUUAGCAGUAUAUACAUAUAUAUUAUAUUUAAUCAGGAUGUAUUAUAAAGCUUUAUUGACAAAUAAAACAUAAAUGAAAA